AUGCUUCAAAGGUUACGGGAGAACCUUUUGUACGCUAAAUUGGAUAAGUGUGAUUUCCACAUCACUGAGGUGUCCUUUUUAGGAUAUAUUAUUUCUCCAAAGGGGUUUUUCAUGGAGCCAAAGAAACUCCAGGCUAUCUUAAAUUGGGCACAACCCACCAACUUAAAGGCUAUCCAGAGAUUUCUGGGUUUCGCAAAUUAUUAUAGACGUUUUAUUCAUGCCUUUUCCAAUUUGGUCGCUCCUAUUGUAGCGUUAACUAGAAAGGAAGCUGAUCCUUCUAACUGGUUGCCUCAAGCUGAAUCUGCCUUCCAGGCCCUGAAACAGGCCUUUGUCUCUGCUCCUGUCCUCAGACACCCCAACUCAGAUCUUCCUUUUGUCGUCGAGGUGGACGCCUCAGAGGUUGGAGUGAGAGCCAUCUUUUCUCAAGAGGACCCCAAGUCUCCGUAG